UUAAGGUAUAUUCAUUUUGAAAUUCUUAUACUUUCACGUAAACUUAACCAAGCAUAUGCUUAUCAAAUUCUAUUAGACUUAAUAGUACAAUUUUCAUUAUUAUUAUGUAUACUUUAUAACAUAUAUUUUUAUUUAAUAUCAUUAAAUUUAUCAGAAAUGUUAUAUGAUAAAAAAAUUAUACGAUCUUUAAUAUGGGUUCUUCUACAUUCUACAAAAAUUAUUCUUUUAAAUAUUCACUAUACUAAUUUCUAUUAUGAGGUAGAAGUAACAGCACAUUUACUUCGAGAACUAAAUAUUUGCUACUUGGAUAAUUCCAUUAGAGACGAGAUGCAACAAUUUUCAUUACAACUUCUUCUUCAUCCUUUAAAAUUUACUGCUGGCGGUUAUAUUCUUAAUAAUAGAUUAUCAACAUUGUUUUUUAGUAGUAUAAUAACUUAUUUGGUUGCAUCAGUACAAAUAAGUUCGUCGCCAAGUUUGAUGAAGCCCUUAAAAAAGACCUUUGAAGAUUAA